AUGUGCGACCAUGCGCGCGACGAGGCGCGUGACGGGGCGCGAGACAGGGCGUGCGACCAGCACGCGCCAUUGGAGGUGAUCGAAAUCGGGCGCGGGGAGGCUCGAGUGGGGCAGGUGUAUCUGGUGAAGCCGCUGCUCGCGUUCCUCAUCGUCAGCCCCGAUCUGAAAUCCUCCUGGAAGAUCGUGGCCGUCGAUUCGUCGGAUCCGAUGGCUGCGGCGCUGCUGGAUUCGCGAAGCGGUUACCCUGUUUGGUUGGAGGCGAAGCUGCGCGAAAUCGUGGAGUGGCUCAAAUACUGCAAGUGUAGCACCGUGUUUGAUCCGCCCAGCACCAUCGCAGGUCGUGAGAAGCCAGCGCCCUUGCAUCGCACCAUCGCCGCCAUCAGCGCCGCCCAUGCCGCCUGGACGCACUGCCACCGCCGCCGCUGCAAGCAAACGGCCUCCGCUGCUCUCACCAACGCCAUCUCUGAAUUCGCCCGCGUGCCCUUCGCCCAACCUGCCUCCGUACCUGCCGCCGCCGCUGCUGCUGGUGGUGCUGGUGCUGGAGCUGGUGCCGGUGCCGAGCCUCUGAACCAGCAGGCUCGGAAGCAGCAAUGCGUGUUCCGAAGGCCAGGCUCGGAGUCGGGCAGGUUUGGCAUGCGAAAGAAGGAGAUUUUCAUCAAAAUUGAGGAGGAAACGGACGAUGUCAGUGGAUUCUUAACUAGAGUUGAGGACGGGGGGGAAGAGGAGCGUGCGUAUGCAAGAGAGAGUGGUGGUGGGGGAGGGGAGAGGGCGAGAGUAGGUGAGGAAGGAUGGCGGGAUGCAGAGAAGCAGAUGAAACACGAGCAGCAGCAGAAGAAGCAGUUGCAAGGCGGGUUGACGCGUUUGAAAGAGCGGUGGCAGCAGCAUCCGCAGCAGAAGCAGCAGGAGAAACAGCAGCAGGAGAAGCAGCAGCAGGGAAAACAGCAGCAGCAGCAGCAGCAGCAGCAGCAGCAGGAAGAGGGAGGUAAUUUGAAAAGAGGCUGGCGAUCCUCCUCCUCCUGUGCUCUUGAGAUUCCCACCGGCAUGCUGCUAGACUCCCCCUCUCCUGUCACUCGCUCCUCGUCUUCCCUCCUGCGUCGCCACCAGUCCCUCACUCCCCCCUCCUUGCCGCGUCCCCCAAUCCCUCCUCUCACGCCCCGCCGCCUUCUGCGUGCGUUUUCACCCUCGUCCUCCUCCUACCGCAAGCGGCCCAUGUCACAGUCGGGGGAAGUUGGCACGGAUAUGCUUCUUGACACGCAGGAAGGGCAGUUUGUGGCGCCCAGGACGCCGAAGGCACGGUCUGAUUUACCCAGAUCCGCCAAGGGAUGCAGCGGGCCACCGGGAACGCUGAGAACACCCAAAACGUCCACCACGCAGAAAAUGCCAAAGGCUCUGGAAACGGCCAACAUGGCCAACACCCCCAGAGCAUGCGGUGAGCAGCAGGUGAUGACCCCCGGGGGGCGGUCUGAUUCGGCUGUCACCCUUACGGGACUUCGUGCAUUGGUUGGAGGUUCGCCUCAGAUGCCGGAAGCGCCCAACACGGCCAACAUCCCCAGGGCACGCAGUGAGCAGCAGGUGAUGACUGCAUGGCGGCUGCUUGGUGCUGAUGCCGAUGCCACCCCUACUACAGGACGCUGUGCGCUGUUUCAAGGUUCUCCGCAGACAGUGGAAACGCCCGGCACGGCUAUUACCAUCCCCGAGGCACGCAGUGAGCAGCAGGUGAUGACAGCGUGGCGGCUGCUCGGUGCUGCUGAUGCCACCCCAUGGCUCAAUGCCGUGCCGCACGGAGACCGCGUGGGCCGCAGUGCACUGGCUCAAGGUUCUCCUCAGACGCUGCUCUCACCAACGGGUGGUAGGAGUGGCAGGGAAGGGUGUGAUGUUGGUGGUGAGGAGGGGAGUGGGGUGAGGAGCGGAGCGAGAAGGCAGCUGUGGGCGGCGGCUGGUGAGGGCUCAUUGGAUGUGAGCAGUGAUAGGGAUGAUAGGAUUGAUAGGAGUUCCAAAAGUUGUAGGAGUGACAGGGAAGGGUUUGGUAGUAAGGGAAGUGGGAGGAGGGCAGCCGCAGGAGCAAGGGGGCAGCUGCAGGUGGUGGGUGAUGAGGGCUCAUUGGAUGUGAGCUGUGAUAAGAGUGGUAGGGAGGAAGAGAGGGAGAACGGGGAUGGGGGGAAGCAUAAGGACAAGGAGAACGAGGAGGAGGAGAACGAGGAGGAGGAGGAGGAGGAGGAGGAGGAGGAGGAGGAGGAGGAGGAGGAGGAGGAGGAGGAGGAGGAGGAGGAGGAGGAGGAGGAGGUUGGUGAUGGGUGUGCUUAUAGCGAAGCCCUUGCUGACUGUGUGUACAGUGAUGAUCCUUCAUCGAAUGGGGAUGAUGUGUCGGUGAAUGCUCUCGAGGAAGAUACUCACAGCAGGGAUUACUGGAGCACUACAGACGACUCCUCGCGAGAAGCAGCAGCAGCUUCAGCAGCAGGAGCAGCAGCAGCAGCAGCAGCAGCAGCAAAAGAAAUGGCAGAAGAAACAGAAGAAGCAGCAGACGAAGGGGAGGGAGGGAAGGAGGGGCAGGAGUCACUUGAGUCUCGCUUGAGGCGAUGGCAUGAGAGCAUGGGUGUAUCAUGUACCCUCUCCCUGCCUCUCGAUGCCUCCUUGCAUCCCCCAUCCCCUUUGCAUCCUACCCCCGCCGGCCUCUUUCUCCCCAGCCUGCCCCACUGGACCAAGCGGUCGCUCCCUCGCUCGCUGCGCAUCUCCCGCUCGCUGCUCUCCUUUCAAGAGAGCGCCCUGCUGGAGCAUUGCCAGGAGACCACUCUUUUGCAUGGCAUGGGCGGUGGAUGGAAGGAUGGGGGAAAGCACAGGGAACUUGAUAGGGAAAGUGAUAGGGAAAGUGAUGGGGAGAACGAGCUUUGGAGUGAGAUGAAUGAGGAGAGCAACGAGGGGAGCAGUGAGGAGAGGAAUGAGAACAGGAAAGGGGGUAGGAGUGUGCGAGUGAAGAGUGAGAGCUUCUUGCUGUCAGCAGCAGCGGCGGCGGUGGCAGCGCCAGUGUCCCCCGGAGAGUCCAUCCGGGCGGCUGUGGCCGUCUAUUCCGCCUCGAGGGAGUUAUGGCGGCCUCCUUGUAUACCCAAGCCUGUGAAACAAGCCAAGCUGUGCCUUCCCAGGUACUCCCCGCCUGUGCCUCUUAUUGGGCUGGAGAAGCUAAUGGAGGGCGCAGCAGGGGGAGGUGGGACUGGUGGUUUUUCUGGGUCUGGUGGGGUUAGUGGUUGGAGUUUGGGGACAGGGUGGUGGGGUGUGGGAGGAGAGACAGGAGAGGAGGGGAGGGAGAGGAAGGAGGAGGCAGGAGAGGCAGGGUGGCUGGGGUUUGAAGGGUUGGCAGAUGUGGCAAGGGGGAUUAUGUGGGGGGGAGGAGGCGAUGGAGGUGAAGAGGGGGGGAAGGAGGGGGGGAAGCAGGGGGGGAAGGAGGGGGGGAAGGAGCGGGGUUUGGAUGAGGGUGUAGUAGAGAACAUUCUGGAAGAUUCAGUGAGAGGAGAAGAGGAGACAGGCAUGGGAGGAGGCGGCGGUGCUGCUGGCGGUUACCCUAACGUCUGGGCGUUAACCGGCGGGUGGUACUGCGACCCGAAAUACUGGCGUCGCAACACCGCGUUCGCCUUGGCCGGCAUCUUUGCCGUUUGCGUUCCGAUCGCCCUGACGUCAGCACGGCUCGAGCAACGGCCGAUUGCCCCGAGCCGCGCCAUUCCCUCCCAGAUGUGGUGCUCCAACUUCCCAUCCGAAGCAAAACAAGCAUCGGAGGAGUGA